CGAAGAUACAGGACCAUGACGGCAUCCCUAUUGAUGAGAUGCAGAUCAAAUUUGGAUUGAGACAACUGGAAGAUGAAAGGACAGUAUCUGACUGUGGAAUUAAACAUCUGUCCCUCGUCGAAGUAAUUUGGUUUCGUGGGACGGAAACAGUCAAGAUGAACACCAUGUGGUAAAACUCGAAGGACAGAGACAUCGGGUGGAAGUCCGUUCAUCUGACACGGUCCAGGCCCUCAAGACCCAGCUCCGAGUCCAGACCGGGAUCCCAUCGAACACAUGAUGUGCACCACCCCUGUGGGACAGAUACUGGAAGACGAAUGCAUUCCGUCUAAGUGCGGAUUCUCCCUCCUAUGCCUCUGGAUCCGGCCCCAGGAAACUGGUCUGACCUUCACCGUGAAGACAGAGAAGGAAAUUGAACAUGAGGUCCACAUGGACUCCCUGGAUCUGGUCAAGACGUUGAAAUUAAUUCUGCAGGAAAAAACACAAUGUCCAAUCGAUCGGCAGAAACUCAUGUUUAAUGGCAGGCAACUGGAAGACGACCACCCACUGUCUGUAUAUGAGAUCCAACAGGCGUCUGUCGUCCACAUGAUGGUUCACAAAAACAACGAUGUCGUUGUCAAAGUGAAACAAAUGAUAGGGUAUAAAUCAUGGCUUAUCGACCUCAACCUUUGUGACACUGUGAAGAAUCUGAAGGCGAAGAUACAGGACCAUGACCGCGGCCCUAUUGAUGAGAUACACAUCUUUUUUGAAGGAGAGGAACUGAAAGAUGAAAGGACAGUAUCUGACUGUGGAAUUAACAUCUGUCCAACGUCGACGUAAUUAGGUUUAGUGGUGAGUGGGAAAACCAUCCAGUUACGAUGUGUUCUGUAAGUCAUAGUAGUACUGAAGGAGAGGAAGAGGAAGACAAGGAUGCAGGUGAGAAGAGAGGCAGAAGCAUAAGUAUGGACAACUUGGCCAACUUUAACCACUAAACACCUCGGUGGUGUUAGAUUUCUUGAUGCUCUGCGCAGAUUCAUACAGAAACGGUGUCUUAAUUCUCUGUAUGUUCUGUGCAUCUAGUGAAUUAAAAUGAAAUCAGAAAAUUUUUGAAUGUGGUCCUGAACAG